UUGAAUUGUUCGGUGAAAACAGCGGCAGAUGACAGCAGCUCGUUGCUAGUAACUGAAGUUUGUGAGCUAGCUACUACUUCACAUUACCCCACCAAAAACUGCUUCAUCUGGACUUCAGCCGUGACUGCUAACAUCGACUGAAAAUGUCGAAAAAACAGAUUUACUAUUCUGACAAGUACACCGAUGAGGAGUUUGAGUACAGGCAUGUCGUGCUUCCGAAGCAGCUGUCCAAACUGGUGCCCACCUCCCACCUGAUGACAGAGGAAGAGUGGAGGGGACUGGGGGUGCAACAGAGCCAGGGCUGGAUUCACUACAUGAUCCACAAACCAGAGCCACACAUACUGCUUUUCAGAAGACCUCUCCCAAAGGAUUAAAUGGGACCCAUCUGUUGAAUGCUUGCUAUCAUCUUUGCUGAUUUGUAUUGUCUUUGGAACCAUACAUCUCUACAUAUGUUCUUAUUAUUGUGUAGAAACCCCUUAGUUGUAUUGUGUGUUUUUUCUUUCCUUUAAAACUCCCUCAAUUUUCAGAGGUAAUGAGAGGCAAAUAGUUUGAUUCCACUGUGAAUGAUAACCUUAUAAACAAUAUGAGGGUGAAAGUUUGCCUGUCAAUUGUAUAUUUUAAUACAUUUUUUAAAUGUCUUUUGUCAGAUUGAUUUAUUUACUGAAUGGUCAUACAGGUUUUAUUUUUCUCAAGCCCAUGAUUUUCCUAAACAAAAUUCUUUCCUAAUCUUUAAACUUUUCAUUGUGUUGUGUACAUAAUAUUAUUUCUAGAUAUUAUAAAUUUCGACAGUGAGUCAUGGUUGAUUCAACAAGUUCUUUGUUGCCGAAAGAACAAAAUAAAAUGUACUUCUUCACAUA